AUCGAUUGAGUCAAUUCGUACGAAUGUAAAUGUAAACCUGGAUUUAAAGGAAAGAACUGUGAAACCAAGUACGCUGUUCCUCCUGAAUGCAAAAAUUAUAAGACAUUGAACGCUCGUGACCGAUCUAUGAAGGCACCCACAGUAGGUGCGAGCAGGUGUGACACCCAGGAUCUCAUCAAAGGCUGGUACCGCUUUGAAGGCGAGGCAGGAACAUCUAUCGCAACUAAAUGCCCUGAUGAUAUGCACUGUGGAACUCGUGCCACUGGAUGGAUGAAAGGCAAUCAUCCAAGCCAGGCAGAAGGGAUUGUCACUAGAAAAGUAUGUUACAAUUGGGCUUCCGGUAACUGCUGCUAUGCUACGAAUGAUAUUCGCGUGCGCAACUGUGGUGGGUUCUAUGUUUACGAACUGGUUAAACCUAGAAAUUGCCUUCAUGGUUAUUGUGGAAACGGAGAAGCAGACGAUGUGGACGAUUGUUUGAAGAAGCCUUGUCAAAAUGGCGCCCAAUGUAUCGAUGGAGUCAAUUCUUACACAUGUAAAUGUGCCACUGGUUACAUUGGACCAAAUUGCGAAACCAAUGUAGACGAUUGUGCGAAGAAGCCUUGCCAAAAUGGUGCCGAAUGUAUAGAUGGAGUCAAUUCGUAGAAAAAAGAAGUUGUAGUUCCUUCUGGUAAGUUUUUACUCUUGAUAAUAGUCCACAAUGCAUGCUUUCAUUUUAUCUGCAAUGUCUUACGUUUUGCUGGAAAUAGCUGUCCAAACCAGUAAAUGAAAAUGUUUAAGGACAAACGAGGUUGGCCUGUGAAACAUCAUGGGCUUCAAGUUGGAACGGUAUACCCCUAGCAAGGUAGCUCUAGCACUGGGGCGUAUGAUAUACAUAGGAAACCGUUUGUAUAAGUUUUGUUCUUUGCAUUCGAACCCUUGGGGAGGGAAUGUCAAGGAAUAACUUGUAGAUUCACAAGGUAGCUCAGUGUUCUUGGUUACACUGGACUAAACUGCGAAACCAGUGAGUAAUGUUAUUUUGACUUAGUAUAACAUAGAUAUCUUAGUGUCGAUGAAGUCAAUUCUUACACAUGUAAAUGUACCGCUGGUUACACUGGACCAAACUGCGA